AUGUCCAUACCAAGCGGGAGCCCAGAGCGGGAGGGCUCCAGUGUGGCACCUACACACCUAGACUGUCCCUCUUCCCCUCCUGGGAUGGAUCCUGACCCCCUGUCGACGGGAAGUCCAGUCCUCAGCCCAGACUCUUCUUCCCAUGAUGCAGUGCUGUCAACAGCUGCAAUUUCCCCGGCGGAUUCUGAGAACCUCAGUCCAGAUGAACUAGAGCUGCUGGCUAAACUAGAGGAACAGAACAGGUUACUGGAGGCUGACUCUAAGUCGAUGCGAUCCAUGACGGGAUCGCGGCGCAAUAGCGGCUCUUCACUGGUAUCGAGCUCCUCUGCUUCAUCAAAUCUAUCCCACCUUGAAGAGGACACCUGGAUCCUUUGGGGCCGCAUCGUCAACGAGUGGGAGGAGUGGAGACGCAAAAAGGACAAGCUCCUCAAAGAGCUGAUCCGGAAGGGCAUUCCUCAUCACUUUCGAGCCAUCGUGUGGCAGCUGCUGGGCAAUGCCACAGACAUGCCGGUGAAGAAUCAGUACUCCGAGCUGCUCAAGAUGUCGUCCCCGUGCGAGAAGCUGAUCCGCAGGGACAUCGCACGCACCUACCCCGAACACGAGUUCUUCAAAGGUCAGGAUAGCCUUGGCCAAGAGGUUCUCUUCAAUGUCAUGAAGGCAUACUCGCUUGUGGAUCGAGAGGUGGGCUACUGCCAAGGCAGUGCAUUCAUUGUUGGCCUGCUACUCAUGCAGAUGCCCGAAGAGGAAGCGUUUUGCGUGUUUGUGCGUCUGAUGCAGGAAUAUCGUCUGCGAGAGCUCUUCAAGCCCAGCAUGGCCGAACUGGGGCUCUGCAUCUACCAGUUUGAAUAUCUGCUGCAGGAACAACUUCCAGAGCUUAAUGUCCAUUUCCGGUCCCAGAGUUUUCAUACAUCCAUGUACGCCUCAUCCUGGUUCCUCACCCUCUUUCUCACCUUUCUCCCUUUGCCUGUUGCCACGCGCAUAUUUGAUAUUUUUAUGUAUGAGGGCCUCGAAAUCAUCUUCCGUGUGGGCAUGGCCAUUCUGCAGUACAACCAGACGGACCUCAUUCAGCUGGACAUGGAGGGCAUGUCACAACAUUUUCAGAAGGUGAUCCCCCACCAGUUUGACAGCUGCCCGGACAAACUAAUCCUUAGGGCUUAUCAGAUCAAAUACAACCCCAAGAGAAUGAAGAAGCUGGAGAAAGAAUAUACUACCAUCAAGAACAAAGAGAUGGAGGAGCAAAUUGAGAUCAAGAGGCUGCGCACAGAAAAUAGGCUGCUGAAACAGCGGAUUGAAACUUUAGAGAAAGAAAGUGCUGCUCUGGCAGAUAGACUCAUCCAGGGUCAGGUGACCAGGGCUCAGGAAGCAGAGGAGAACUAUGUGAUUAAGCGUGAGCUGGCAGUGGUGAGGCAGCAGUGCAACAAUGCCAGCGAGAGUCUCGAGAAGGCGCAGGACACCAUUCGAGAGCUACAACAACAAAAGUAUACAGAGCCAUUUGUGAGCAAUCUGCAGGCUGAGCUGGAGCAGUCAAAGCUACGCGAAGCAGAGCUGUUGGGGGCAAUGAAGGAAAUGCAAGACAAGGUGCUCGAUCUGGAGAAGAGGAGCAGCUGCUUGCCUGAUGAAAACAACAUGGCGGCUCUGCAGGAGGAAGUGAAGCAAAUGAAGUUGAGGGAGCUAGAGACGCUGCGCUCAUUCAGAGAAAUGCAGGACUCGGUCGCCGAGCUAAAUCAACGCUGGCAGCAUCACCUGUCCCGCAGCAGCAGCACAGGUGGCAGUGGCAGCCACUGGAAGGAAUCUCCAAAGAAGAAUGCCAUGAACGAGUUGCAAGACAAGCUGAUGACCGUCCGCCUGAGGGAAGCGCAGGCCCAGGCUGAGCUUCGGGAGGUCAAACUAAAGGCUGUGCAGCUGGAGAGUCAGAACAUAAUCCACAGCAAACUAAUUGGCCGCCAUGAGCAGGAACGUUCCGCCCUCCAGGAUCGUCUACAGAUGUUGUCUAAUCAGAACAAAGCUCUUCAGGUCCAACUCAACGAGAUGAAACGAAAGCAGGCCGAGUGGGACUGCAAGAAUAAAGAGGAGGUGAUGGCCGUAAGACUGAGGGAAGCUGACAGCAUGGCUGCCAUGGCCGAGCUCAGGCAGAAGAUAGCCGAGCUAGAAAUACAGAAAGAGGAAGGGCUGAUCCAGGGCCAGCUGAACCACUCUGACUCCAGGCAAUAUAUCAACCGACUCCGGGACCAGAUCACUGAGCUAAAAAAUGAGAUCAGGUUAUUGCGAGGUCAGAAGGCUGGCGUUCCAGGCGCCACCGUGGGUGCCAACUACCAGGAUCUCUGCCUGGCCAGCCCCGCUUCUGCUGAGGGCGACUACCUGAGCUCUGACGAGGACCUACUCCACAGCCCGCUACCCCCUAACGCCCUUUACCCAGCCAUACCGGGCCCAUGUCACCCCUCUGCCCACCUGGACAGUGAAGGAAGCACGGAUAGCGAGACAGAGGACCAGACACACCUUGACCCCCCGCAGCUGUACGGCAACAUGGUUUGUGCCGAGGCCAUGGAGAACUGA